UUAGCACGUUAACCCAAUAAACGGUUGCCAGGUGUCAAAUGUGGUCAUUGGCUUUCAGUCUAAUCUAUUUUUGAUUUUCCUCCGGUGCAAAGAAAGAAAGAAAGCAGGCCACUUUGUUGUCCUUGGCACCGCCGUUUUAAGUUUCAACUGUCGAACUUGAUGAGCCAUGCUUAUCGAUCCAUAUCCCAUCUGGCUUGUUUUCGUUUUCUGUUUCGUUUAAUCGUGGAUUUGAAUUGAAAUUCAAAUUCCAGCUUGGCGGUUGCUGGAUAAAAAUUGGUACUCACCGGAAAUUGAAGAAUGGCGGCGCAAAACCAAAUCCCUAACAACACCGAUCUGUUUGAUGCUUAUUUUAGGAAAGCGGAUUUGGACGGAGACGGCCAGAUCAGUGGAGCGAAGGCUGUUGGCUCCAAUUUGCCCAAACACGUUCUCGCUCAGAUCGAAAAAAACAAGGAAGGGUUGAUAAAAAUGGAAGGCUGUGAUGAGAUUAGGAAGCGACCCUCCAUCUUUGUCGUCGGAUGUCCCAACGUUGGCAAGCGCACCCUCAUCUCCCGGCUUGCCUCUGUGGAGUUUGAAGAUGAAGAAGAUGGCUCGCAAGUGGUUGUCCAUGGCUGGACUAUCAACACCAAAUACUACACUGCUGAUGUUUCAGUGUGUAUAGCUCAUCUUCAAGAUGGAUUUUCAGUUGGAACCCUCCCUAUUUUUAGCCGUUCAACUGCCUUGCUCAUGGUUUUUGACAUGUCUCAGUUAUCAACUCUUGAUGCACUUCAGGAUUGGGUGUCUCGCACUGAUAUUCGAAACUUUGAGAUUUUACUCUGCGUUGGGAACAAAGUGGAUCGUAUUUCAGGGCAUCCUGUCCAUGCUGAAUACACAAAACGCCUACUCAAACUUGCUGAUUCCUCUACUCAUCUUUCUUCUGACUCCACUCAAUAUGGAAAUUUUGAAACUGAAGGAAGCAGUUUAUUGGGCUAUGAAGACCCAUCCUCCAACAUUAGUAGGAAAUGCUUGGAAUGGUGCAUUGACCACAACAUUGAGUUCAUUGAAACUUGUGCUUCUAAUGCCGAAUUUGACAAAUGUUUGUCGGUUGAUGGUGAUUUACAAGGAGUUGAACGUGUUUAUGGUGCUCUUUCUGCUCAUAUGUGGCCUGGAAUGGUUCUGAAAUCCGGUGAUAAGAUAACUGAACCUUCGUUAACUGAGGAAGAAGAGUCAUCGGAAGAAGAACCUGAUUAUCAAUUUGACUAUGAAGUGCUAUCUGCGGGUUCAGCUGAACCAUGGGAUGAGACAGGUGAAGAAUGGGUUUCUGCAAGUGCAGCUAACACGGUCCUGGAUAUGGGGAAAUCAAUUGAUGAGGAAAAUUCCGUUACAGAGUGUGUUGAAGGAAAUAUAACCAGAUGUGAAAAGGAAGAGUUGCAGCCUUUUCCGAUAGUUUCUGCAUCAGAGGAGAAGAUUGACAGAGUGGAACCCAAUGCCAGAGAACCUGAAUGGGUUUCUGCAAGUGCAGCUAACACGGUCCUGGAUAUGGGGAAAUCAAUUGAUGAGGAAAAUUCCGUUACAGAGUGUGUUGAAGGAAAUAUAACCAGAUGUGCAAAUGAAGAGUUGCAGCCUUUUCCGAUAGUUUCUGCGUCAGAGGAGGAGAUUGACAGAGUGGAACCCAAUAUCAGAGAAUCUGACCUGGCUUCGGCAUCAGAAUUAAAUGAUGGCACACAUUAUGAUUUUGAGGACUUGGAACAGUUGAUGUCUGAGAUAGGAAAUAUUCGCAGCAACUUGAGGUUAAUGCCUGAUUUUCAAAGGAGGGAGAUGGCCGCAAAGCUGGCUAUGAAAAUGGCUGCCAUGUUUGGAGGUGGCAGCGAUGAUGAAGCCGAGAUAUAAGUAAUCAAUAUGGGUAUUACUGUGAUAUAGGAACUUUCAGUUAGUAGAAAUAAGAAAAGUGUGGUGAGAGGGCCCAUUGCUAGAGCAAUUGGUGCCUCUAGCGCUAGGGGUGUAAAUGAAUAUAACUUCAGGGUGUAAACGAAUCAAAUUUUUGAUGAAUUGUUAAUGAACAUGUUUUGUUUCUGAUUA